AUGACGCAUACGACAUUAAAUGCAUUGGAUGACCAGCGUGGGAGGCCCCAUAAGCGUCUCAAGCACAGUCAACUUACAUUUAAUACAGGCAUAAAGCGCAUCAGACCCCUGAUUCCUCCGCAAAUUCUCUAUGAAGAUCUUCCAUUGACGGAUGAAUUGGCAAAAAUUGUAGACAAAGGCAGAAAAGAAGCUGAAAAUAUAGUUUCUGGUAAAGAUGAUAGGCUACUCGUCAUUGUUGGUCCAUGCUCAAUGCACGAUCCAGAAGCAGCAUUAGAAUACGUCAAACUUCUCAAAGGAUACGCAGAUAAUGCUAAAGAGGAUCUCUGUAUCAUCGCUAGAACAUACUUCGAGAAGCCACGCACUACAGUUGGCUGGAAGGGUCUCAUAAACGAUCCAUUCUUGAAUGACACAAACGAGAUAAACAAAGGUUUGAGAAUUGGUAGAAAAUUACUCUUAGAUGUUGUCGGUUUGGGUAUGCCAACUGCGUGUGAAUUCCUUGAUACCAUUACACCACAAUUCACAGCAGAUGUUAGUUCAUGGGGUGCUAUCGGUGCCAGAACAACAGAAUCACAAGUACAUAGAGAACUUGCAUCUGGUUUAUCCAUGCCAAUCGGCUUCAAGAAUGGUACAGAUGGUAAUGUUCAAGUUUCCAUUGAUGCUAUCAGAUCAUCCCAAUCUCCACACACUUUCUUAUCUGUUACUAAGCAAGGUUUGGCUGCUAUUGUUGAAUCUAACGGUAACCCUUACGGUCACGUCAUUCUUCGAGGAGGUAAAACACCAAAUUAUGAGCGACCACAUGUCGAAUUGGCAGCAGCACAACUCGCUAAGGCUGGACUCACACCAAAGAUUAUGAUUGACUGUUCACAUGGAAACAGCUCAAAGCAACACGCUAGACAAGCCAUCGUCGCACAAGAUAUUGUUGAUCAAAUUAGCAGCGGAGACGAGCAUGCUCAGAGAAUUGUCGGUGUUAUGAUGGAAUCAAACAUUAAGGACGGCCGUCAAAAUGUUCCAGCUGAGGGUCCUACAGGAUUAGAAUACGGAAAGUCUAUCACAGAUGCUUGCAUCGAUUGGGAGACAACAGUAACGGUAUUAGAUAAUCUCCGCAAGGGUGUACAAGAUCGUCGUAAAAACAAAUCUGUUUAG